ACCGCCCGUGUGCCGACGGCUCGUAGGGAGCCGCCAGAGCGCCCGCAGUGGGGUGUUACUAAAGACGGCACACGCCCCAUGCCGAAGCUAUGGUCGGACACUACAUCUCGAUCAGGCCUCCCAGGCCUCCUCCACAAUGCAAGAACUACACCAGGAUAAGAAUGCUCCGGCGGAUAGUUUGCUCGGUUGGAGAGGCGUGUUCUAGAGCGCUUUUCACGAGUCGUAAUCCCCUUCUUCCACUUCCGCGGUCCAGGGUCGCUGCACCUUACGCGAGCUGCAUCGAUGCAAUUAAAUCUCCCUUGAGCUGCUGUCCAUUGCUCCGGGUACCGCCAAUCUCUCCCUUCACCAGUGCACACCAUGAGGGUCUUGUCCUUCAUCACGUUCGUCUCGGCGGUAUCUGCUCUAGUUGUCAGGCAAACCAAUGUCGCGCAAGAUCUGAAGAGUUUGGUAUCAUCGCCAUCCUCAGUGACCGUUGAGCUCCGGGCAAGAUGGAGCACCUACUAUGCACCUCUCCCUGCCGUGGUUGUUAAGGUGCAAACAGAAAGGGAUGUCGCCCUGAUAGUCAAAUACUGCACAAAGUUCGGCGUGCCGUUCCUCGCGCAGAAUGGUGGUAUCGGAUGGGCCAAAACUUUCAGCCUGAGCAAGUUCGGAGUUCUCAUCGACUUGGCUGGUCUCAACAAGGUUACAGUCGGUGCGGAUAAGAAGACAGCAACGAUCGGCGGCGGAGCGAGCAUUGGCGACACCAUUGCAGCAGCAAAUGCAGCUGGUGCAUUAGUUAUAACAGGCAACUGCAACUGUGUCGGCGCCCUUGGAGCUCUGCUAGGUGGUGGCUAUGGAAACCUCAUGGGUGAAGUUGGCUUCGGAGUCGACAAUAUCAUCUCGCUACGUGUAGUCCUCUCGACCGGAGAGAUCGUCACCGCAUCAAAAUCGGAGAAUCCUGAUCUCUUCUGGGCACUCCGUGGUGCUGGACCAAACUUCGGUGUUGUGAUCUCAGCAACAGUCAACGCCCUCCCUGCCACACCCGAAGACCGUACUGCGUGGAUCAACAACCUAUUCUUCACACCAGACAAGCUCACUCAACUCGCGCAAGCGGUCGAGGACCUCCCCUUGAAGCCAGAACAACGCAUCUACAUGGUAUUGACAAGCUCCGGACCACCACUCAACCAGCCAUCGAUCCUUAUCACAGGCUUCUUGCGGAAAGGUACGGAAGAGACUGGUCGCAAGGCCUUCGCACCCUUCUAUGCACUUGGACCCGUCCUACAGACCAGCGCUAUCACUACGUACGACCACUGGAACGAUGCCAACAUCGGCUUCUGCACCCGGGGAGAUCGCAAGCCGGCGUACAGCUCAACCAUCAAGACCAUGUCGGCACAAAAGUGGCCCGAGAUCUGGGAAUUGUACAAGGGAUUCCAAGCCAAGGGACCAAACACUGCUGUGCUCGUCGAACGCUACAACUUGACCAAGGCCAUUUCAGCACCCGUGGGCUCGGCCGCUAUGAACGAAGCUCUACGCCGUGAUGCAUUUGCACAGGCCAUUGUCAUCCCAUGGUACACUGAUGCAAGCCUAGACGCCGAGGCUGAGAAGUUUGGACAGAGUGUCAGGGCUCUGUGGACUCGAUCUAAGACGCCAACGAAUGAUCCAACCUACGCCAACUUCGCGCACGGUGAUGAAACUUCGGAGGCUAUUUACGGAUCAAGCCUCCCGAAGUUGAAGAUACUGAAAAAGUACUAUGAUCCUUCGGGAACAUUCAACCAAUGGUUCAGGAUCAAGCCAUAAGCAGAUAAAACAUGAAUGUCUAAAUAGAGUAUAGCUUUUCCAAACAGCAGCGAAAGCGUUUACCAUCCCUAU